GGGGAGGAGAGAGACAGCGGCGGCCGGGCAGCGGGCAGCAGCAAGCGGGGAAGAGGACGGAGCGGUUUGAGGAGCAGAGGCACGUUGUUCUCCGAGAGCUGCUGCUGGGUUCAUGUUAGAAGGAAGAAGAGGACUGAGAAAACCUCGUCUCACCCUGAAACGGAUUGUAUUUACCUAUGGUACCUAUGGACAUGUGUACUCCGUGCUGUAUCUCGCAGCUGGCCUGCUGCUGCGGCUCAGCUGCUUGUUCCUGCUGCUGUAACUGCUGCCCGAAGAUCAAACAAUCCACGGGGACCCGAAUCAUGUACGCCUUCUACUUCCUGUUGGUCACCGUCAUCUGUGUCAUUAUGAUGUCCCCCACGGUGGACCAGGAGCUGAGAGACAAAAUCCCCUUCUACAGUGAAUUGUGUGAGAGGAUGAAUGCAGGAGAGAACUGCAAAACUCUGGUUGGUUACUCGGCUGUCUACAAGGUGUGCUUUGGGAUGGCCUGCUUCUUCCUACUCUUCUCCAUCUUCACCAUAAGAGUCAACAACAGCCAAGGCUGCAGGGCGGCAAUACAUAACGGAUUCUGGUUGCUGAAGUUCAUAGCGCUGGCAGCCUGCUGCGCUGGUGGCUUCUUCCUUCCUGAUGAGGGAACCUUUCUGGAAGUGUGGCGCUAUGUAGGAGCCACUGGCGGGUUCAUUUUCCUGCUCAUCCAACUCAUGCUGUUGGUGGAGUUUGCACACAGAUGGAACACAAACUGGAGUUCAGGAGUGAAGUAUAAUCGUCUGUGGUAUGCUGCUCUGGCCUUCGUUACUCUGGUUUUGUUCAGUGUUGCAGUGGGAGCGGUGGUCUUCAUGGGCCUCUUCUACACCCACCCUGAGGCCUGUUUACUUAACAAGAUUUUCCUGGGCAUCAAUGGAAGCCUCUGCCUCAUUGUGUCCCUGUUGGCCAUCUCCCCCUGCAUACAGAAAUUGCAACCUACAUCAGGCCUGCUGCAACCAGGAGUCAUCAGUGUGUAUGUCAUGUAUCUCACAUUCUCAGCCUUCUCCAGCAAGCCAAAAGAAAUGGUGGAGAAGGAUGGUGUGAACACAACUGUAUGUGUGUUUCCUUUCAACUCCGGGUUGGAAAGCGACAUGAAGAUUGUCACCACUAUGGGAACCAUUAUCCUAUUUGGCUGCGUCCUUUACUCUUGUUUGACAUCCACCACUAGGCGAAGCUCUGCAGCGCUCAGAGUGUGUAGAAACAGUGAGCCAGAGACUGAGAGAGCUCGCUGCUGUUUCUGCUUCGGAGAUGACACAGAGGACUACGAUGAGGAGAAGACUGGUUCAGGACAGAACGUGGUGUAUGAUGAGAGAGAGGGAACAAUCUAUAGCUACUCCUACUUCCACUUUGUCUUCUUCCUGGGCUCCCUUUAUGUCAUGAUGACCGUCACCAACUGGUUUCAUUACGACGGUCAUAAGAUUGAGAAGCUGUUGGAGGGGAGCUGGUCAGUGUUCUGGAUCAAGAUGGCCUCCUGCUGGGUCUGUCUCAUACUCUACAUGUGGACCCUCUUUGCCCCCAUGGUCUGCCCAAAGCGCUUUGAGGCCUAGGUCACAGAUCACUACACAAGGGUCACGCUACUCUGAUUCUUUGGAUGUGGCCGAGUAGAAGCUCCGAUGCAAGGCCAAGGGACCACCACACGCCCUCUUUUACCUUGAAACACAACCCUACACUACCCUCAGCGUUUCAAAUGGAGGAUUAUCUGUUGCCUUUUGUUUUAUAUGCUAGUGUUUAUUUGACUUUGUUUUCCAAUGUUAAGCUGUUAAUACCUUGAUGUGUUUUUUAUUUUUUUACUACCACUGACUCUUGGAGUUUUGUAUUAAUUACAGGUUUGAAAUUAGACAAAGAAUCAUGGGAGCCGAGUUAUGUAGGGAAACAUUCAGCUCCUAUGGAUUUGAUGAAAAUUUCAGACUUGAAGGUCUAUUUUUUGUAUGUGUUUCUGUACGUGUUUUUCUUGUAUUCUCGCUUUUACCCCUACCCAGGCAUUUCAGCUCUGUACAGUCGGACCAUAAAGUUGUAGCAAAGUUUUGGGACAAAUUUAUUUCAUGCUAGAGAUGUUACAGAAGAAAUUGUAUUUAUUUAAAUGUUUUAAAGAAUCAAAGAGGGAAUGUGUUGUGAGCUGAAUUACAUUUGUCCUUGACUCUGUUUAAAAACUCAUCUCUCAGGCUCACGUUGUAGCUGUACAUGUUGAUGCUUUGUUACAUUGUGCCCUUUUGUAGGAGUUUUCUAUGCAACAGAACAAGCUCUUUUAGACGCCCGGUGUUGUGAAGUUUCCACUUAGAUCAGAAGGAUACUGUUUAAGGUUUUAUUAAUGUCAUUGCUCCCUUUGAGCCAAAUCUUUUCUUAGGAAAAAUCAUGUCAUUUAUACACUUCCAGUCAUCAUUGUUGUUGUACCCGGCAGCACUCUUCAAAUCAACCUGCCUUACGUAAGAAUGACGUUAGUAGUGCCACCUCUCUGGAAGAGCUGCAGUGACACAGAUGAGGAACAUUUGCCAAAGGUAGAUGUCAGAAAACCAGAAACUACACAGAUUGUUACAGAGAAAAACGUAACUAAAAUCAUUAUGUAUUUGCAUGCACACACAGACACUUAAACCAGCUAUUUUCUGUACAGUUUUAAAUGCUUUUUGCCUUGUCUUUGUUACAUGCGUCAGUACAUCAUGGUGAUCGGAAUAAAGUAGCAUGACUGCUUCUAAUAGAGUUUAUCAACACUGGAUGUUGAGUUUACUGCAAAUUAAAAUUCACACCUUGCCGUAAGGUUACCUGUUUAUCGGUGUAACAUUUUAUGUAUUGUACAAAAAUACAAUAUAUUCUAUAUUGCACAAGCAAGACAUUUUUGUUUCUCAUUCCAUCAAUCAGUUUUUCCCUUUGUCUAAUUAUAUUCCUAACAUGUUUUAGAAUAACUUAUGUGUACAUUUUGGCUAAAGCUUUGUGAAUCUUUAAAUUAGAAUUGUGCUUCAUAUACUUGCAAAAACUGUCAUGUGAAUUCAUCUUUUUGGAAGCAUUUCUGCAUUCUACUGAUUAGUAUGAAUGUCGAUAUUUAAUGGUGCUCAGCAGCUUCAAUGUAAAGAAAAGGAAAAAAAAGAAAGUGAGAAAAUCUGAUAGCAGGACCCACUGUGAAGGCUAUAUACUACCAGAAACACUUUGUGACCAAGUUUUAUGUUUGAAAUACAAUAAUGUAGGUGCCAUGCAGUUCCAACUCUUUCAUUAAACAUCCUUUGAACUCC